AUGCAAAUCCUUGAGAGUUUUCUUACGCAAGGUUGGGACAUCACCUUCAGCAGCCCGGCGACCAUUGGCGAACACAAAGCCGAUUUGCCCGCGCUGGGUAUCGCCGAAUGCGCCAUCGAGCUCAAUAACAGCAGUUUCGAUGACUUUAUUUGCGAACUGGCCCCGGAUAUCGUGCUGUUCGACCGCUUCAUGAUGGAGGAACAGUUUGGCUGGCGCGUCGAAAAUGCUGCCCCGACGCCCUGCGCGUGCUGGAAACCUCCGACCUGCAAAGCCUGCGCGACGCACGUCACCAGCGAAGAGUUCCGACUGAUGGCCGAGACCGACCUGGCCAAGCGCGAAAUCGCGGCGAUUUACCGCUGUGAUAUCAGCCUGAUGAUUUCCGACGUGGAAAUCCGCCUGCUCACCGAGCACUUCAAGGUGCCAGCCGCCCUGCUCCACUGGUGCCCGCUGAUGCUGGAGCCGCCGACCGAGCCCUUCGCACCCUUUGAAGACCGCGCGCACUUUCUCAGCAUCGGCAACUUUCGCCACGCGCCCAACUGGGAUGCGGUGCUCUGGAUGAAAACAGCCUGUGGCCGCUGA